AUGGAGCGAUCAACGCCCCGAACAAUGGCGCCAACACGGUGGCUACUGCUUAUCUGCCUCGCCGGUGCGGCGGGUGGCGUACUCCAAGCUCGCGCCCAGCCUGACAGCAACGGGUUCAUAAGCAUAGAUUGCGGUCUUCCAGGCAAGACGAGCUACGUGGAAGACACCACCAAACUCCCCUAUACUCCAGAUGCCGGCUUCACCGACACCGGCACCAACCACAACAUCUCGGCCGAGUAUUUAACCCCGUCAACCGGCAGGAGCUGGCACAAUCUGCGAAGCUUCGCCACUGGCCCGCGCAAUUGCUACACGCUCCUCUCUCUCACGUCCGGUCUCAAGUACCUCGUCCGAGCCAAGUUCAUGUAUGGAAACUACGACGGCCUUGACAGGCCACCCGUGUUUGACCUCUAUGUUGGCGUCAACCUGUGGACGACGGUAAACAUCACGGGCCCGGAAGGGAUGGUGUCCACAGAGGUUAUUAUUGUGGUGCCGGACGACUUCUUGCACGUCUGCCUGGUGAACACCGGCGCCGGGACGCCCUUCAUGUCUAGCCUGGAGCUCAGGCUGCUGCACAGGACACUCUACCCGCAGGCAACCACGACGCAGGGCCUCGUCCUCUCGUCCAGGCUCAACUUCGGCCCAACUAGCGAAAACAAUGUCAUCAGGUGA